UCUUCGUAUUUCCUUUCCUUCCAUGUCAAGCGGCGUGGUUUGACCCGAGCCUAUCAACUUCUUCUUCUAGACAGCAAACACAACACAACGGUCAAUCUCGAGCUCUUCUCCUCCUUUCCUUCUCAUUUCCUAUCCCCAACCCCCUGCACUCGAACUCUGUCAAAACCCUAACCAGCCGUACAAAUUUUUCCAUAUGCAGUAACCCCUUUUCUUUCUUUUUCCAAUAUCUCCAUUUCUAUAUAUAAACACAACCCUAAACAAACAAAACAAAUAUCCCACAUAAUUUAUAAUCUCAUCGGGAUCGAAACGGAUAUUAGCUCUGAAGCAGAGAUAGCAGAAGAAGAUCAAUCGAUUUGAUUAUGUCAGGUGGGCAGAAGCAGAAGAUGAUGAUGAUGAGAGAUGAUGGUGGUCAUAAGGUGGCUGCUCCUAGGGUUGUGAUCAUCAAUACUGAGUAUGUAGAAACUGAUGCUGUGAGCUUUAAAUCCGUUGUGCAGAAGCUCACCGGUAAAGAUGAUCUUGAUUCCUCUUCAGCCUCUCGUCGUCAUCAUCGUCGUGACCGUAAUCGUAAUCCUGAUCAUCAAGAAGCACAGAGGUCCACACACCAGAGUGUAGAAUCUGUUGCAGGGAAUAGAGGUGUUUUGGAAAGAGAUAUCUCCUUUAAGGACUUCGACAAAUUGCUUAGAAACAUGCCUACCAUGGAUGACCUCUUGCGGGACUACUGAUUAUAUAUAUAUAUAUAUAUAAACAAGCUUCUUUAAUUUAUUUUAUAUACAAGUAUUUCUAUUUUCUUUUCUUUUCUUUUCUUUUCUUUUUUUAAAUUUUUUUUCCAUUUUAUUCUUUCGUAUUUAUGAGUAUCACACAAUCACGAUCUGCUUAUGUACAUAUUUCAUGCCUUAGUGGAUCCGGCUAAUCUCCAUUUUUUUCUGUAUGCAUAUAAAUAUAUAUGAAGAGUGCUUUUUGGUUCACAUCUAAUUCAGUU